AUGGCGUCGCAGGAUACGGUGUCUCUAACGACUCGUGAAGCGGCUUCUGGCUUGUUGGGCUCCGUCUCUAUGACAUGCUGGAUUUUCCUACUGGUUCCCCAACUCAUCGAAAACUAUCGCAAUGGCAACGCGGAGGCUAUCUCCCUCCUUUUCGUCUUCGUCUGGUUCAUCGGUGACAUAACAAACCUCCUCGGCGGCGUUCUAGCUGGCCUAGUCCCCGUCAUUGUCGCCAUUGCCGUUUACUUCUGUAUCGCAGACGGUGUUCUAAUCGCCCAAUGCCUCUACUACAGGGCGCGUAACUCGCGUCGCGAGCACAUCCACCGCCGCCGGCGCUCGUCCGUCGAGACCCCCGAUCCAACCACCCCGCUCCUCGGCCGGCGAUUCAGUGACUCCUUCCCCGCAGGACAGGGCCGACGGAGAUCGUCUGGUUCGAUGCGCGGUCACCAGGGUCAGGGUCGCCGCGAGAGCCAGGUUGAAGAUCCAUUGGCCAAGAUCGUGGAAGAGAAUGAGUACGGUCGCAAGGCAUGGAUCAAGAACUUGAUUAGCGUGAUCGGUAUAUUUGUGGUUGGAAUGGCUGGGUGGACAAUUGCCUGGCAGACGGGGAUGUGGGCGCCCGCGCCACAGGAGAACAAUAAGCCCGCGGAUAUGGCAACUAGUGGCGCGGUUUUGGGAUAUGCCAGCGCCGUGUGCUAUCUGGGUGCGAGAUUGCCUCAGAUCUAUAAGAACUACCGGGACCAGUCCUGCGAAGGUCUCUCGCUUCUUUUCUUCAUCCUUUCCCUUUUGGGUAAUCUCACUUAUGGCGCCGGGAUCCUGUGCCACUCGACUGACCAUGAUUAUGUGGUUACCAACCUGCCCUGGCUGAUUGGAUCGCUGGGCACCAUGGCCGAAGAUAUAGUCAUCUUCAUCCAAUUCCGCCUCUACGCGGUCCAAGAUGCUUAA